AUGUUAACAUUUAAAUUAACAAGUUUUUUUCUUUUCUUUUCAAUUAUAGCCUUUCUUAAAUAUUGCGUGUAAGCUAUUAUAUGAAGAAUAAAUGUAUAGUUUGAUACAUAUAAUCAAUAUUCGUUUUUUGUUCUGUGUAAAAGAACGUUUUAUUAAAUGCUAUUAGAAAAUUAUAGUUCUAUUGUAAUAUUUUCUUUUGCAUCUGUCUAAUACCAUAUGUCAUAUCACUAUAUAAUAUAACCCCUAAUUAUUAUUGUCCAUAAGUUAACUAGCAGAAAAAAUAUGCUAUAAGAAAUCAUUACCCAACACUAUGAUAAUACAUAGUAUGAUUUAUUAAAUAAAUUAUUAAAUAAAUCAUACUCUAUAUUAUUUGAAAAAUUCUUUUUUUAAAUAAUACUUUGUAUAUAUUGAAUUUGUGCACCAGUUAAGUUUUAUUUCAUUCAAUUUCUAAGAUAAAUUGUUUCUUGAAACUAUGUUGAAACAAGUGACUCCAGAGAAAGGCAUUUAUAUUAUAUGGCUUAGCGUAGCUUUAUCUCUUUGUUGGCCACUUUCUAUUAAUAGUACCAGAAAGCAAAUUGUGUGUAUGAAAAUUUUACAAAUCGGUGCCAUUAUUAGCGCUUUCAUGAUAUUUCUACCUCUAAUUUAUACGAUUUAUUUGAAUUUAGACAAUCUUAACAUGUUUUUUAAAUGUAUUUGCUUAUUAAUGGGUAUAUUUCAACAUAUUGUACAAACUAUUACAUGCUUUAUAAAAUAUGAUACUUUACAACGAGUAGUCGAAGAAAUGAUGAUAUGUAUUAAAGAAAUGCAAUUAUAUGAAAUUAUGUGUGUAUAUGUCGCGAAAUGUAAUGUUUUCUACGGAGGAACUAUUAUAUUAAUAUAUACAACUGCAACUAUUUUUAUAUUAGGACCAACAUUCUUACCAAUUACUUUUCCCUGGGAAACAGAAUAUCCAUUUCAAGUUAAUUAUACAUCUAGAAAUCUUAUUAUAUAUAUACAUCAAUUUUUUUUCACUUAUCAAUGCGCUGCACAUAUAUGUGUAAGUAUGUUUGUAGCGCUUCUACUUUGGUUCACAUCCGCAAGAUUUGAAUGUUUAGUUAAGGAAUUACAGAAAACUACAAAUAUUGAAAUGUUAAUCGUUUGCCUUAAAAAACAAUUACUUUUAAGGAGAUAUGCAGAAGAUGUAGUGAAUUGUAUUCGUUUUAUAAUAUUUUAUACUAUGGUAUUAAGCACAAUUGUACUGACUUUAUCUGGAAUUAUACUGAUUACAACUUCAUCAUUACUUGUGAAAAUACAAUUUUUAACUAUAUGCGUAUCCAUACUUCUGGAAAUUUAUAUGUAUGCAUGGCCAGCUGAUCAUAUGUAUGAUAUGAAUGAAACAUGUAGAAUGAGAUCCUUUUAUUUCCUUCAUAUUCUACUCUCGUUCCAUCUCCAAAGAUUUAGCAUAACCGUUUUACGAAGUGUUUAUGAUUCAAUAUGGUAUGAUCAGACGUUAAAUAUGCAAAAACUCGUGUUGACUACAUUGAUAUAUCAAAAACCAAUAACUAUUUCGAUUAAUGUUGUAUUACCACAACUUACUUUGCAUUAUUAUUGUUUGGUAAGAUAAAUUCAUUAUAAUAAAUAAAUUAAAGAACAACUUUAUAAAUACAAAUAUAUAUAAAUAUAAAUACAAAUUAAUAACAAUUAUAAAUACAAAUUUCAGUAUGUGUCAAAUGCUUUUUCCAUUUUCACUACAAUACGUGCUAUGAUAUA